AUGGCAUCAAUUUCAUCCACGAGAUUCUCCCGUACACAAUUAAUUAAAUUUGCAAUUGCAAUUAGUAUUAUAACAAUUAUAUCAAAUAUAGCUGAAGGUGCACUUUCGAUGUUCUUCGGUCAACAGACAAGAUCAGUUAGUCUAUUAAUUUUUGGCAUCGCUUCCUUUGUUGAAACGGCUUCCUCAAUAUUAGUCCUAUGGCGUUUCAUUACGGAAAUUCGACAGAAUAUUGUCAAAGUUUCCGUCUCAACUAUCUCUGCUACCUCUACCUCUUCCGCCUCUACUUCUUUCUCACAUUUAGAAAAGGAACAGAAGUUAAUUGAAUUUGAAAGAAAAGGAGUAUUAGGAAUUGGUGGUUUAUUCAUUAUAUUAGCUCUUGGUGCAUUAUCACAUUCCAUCAUUACAUUGACACAGAAAAGUCAUCCCGCAAACACGACAGCGGGUUUAAUAAUUUCCAGCUUUUCAAUAGUAUUCAUGUUAAUGGUAUAUGCUUUUAAGAGAUACUUAGCUAUAAAGUUAAACUCUUCAACAAUGUUAAAUGACUCUCAAUGCUCAUUGGCUUGUAUUAAGAUUACCGCGGUACUUUUUUGUAGUAGUUUGAUUUAUCUGAUUUGGGCAGAAUUGUGGUGGACUGAUUCUGUGGCAACUUUAUUAUUUAGUAUUUUUUUUGCUAAAGAAGGUUGUGAGAUGAUCACUUGUGCCAAAGACAAGAAUUUUACCGGUGGAUAUAGUAGUCAGAUAGCUACCAAUGGCGAAAGACAAGGUAGUAAUUGUAAAACUGAUGAAGAGAGCGAGAUUGGUACUAAUAAGGAGAAAGGGCGACACUUACGAGUUUCCGUAAAUGAUGAUGAACAGGUUGAAGAGUCUACAUCUAUUGGAGGUGCUUGGUGGAGAGAAAAUGGCACAGAUAUUGAAUUGGAACAUUUGGCAAAGAGCGUCAAAUAUGGAACUGAGACUUCAUUUUCUAUCGCUAUCGUAGCACAUUAG